AUAGCUUUCAAUAAUUAAAAGUUAUUUGUGUGUGACAAAAAAGUUUAGAAAUGGUAAAAACUGAAAUGAAGUUAUAUGAGAAAGUACUUUUGGGAUCUGCUGGAACUGCCAGUGCUGGUGUAGUUGCAUGGAAGACAAUGUUCCCAUGGAUUGGCCAUGACCUUAAGGUCAUCAAAGCAGGAGGAAAAAUAAAAAAACAAAUAGAUGUGUCUGUGUUGUCACUUCUAAUUGACAAGUUUGAGAAACAUGUUGUGGACACACCCAAAAAGCCUUUUAUUAUUUUUGAGGACAACAUUUACACCUUCGAAUUUGUUGACCAAAUGGCAUGUAAAAUUGCCAACAUAGCUAAGUCAUGGGGACUAAAACCACGUGAUUGUGUAGCUAUUAUGAUUCAGAAUGAACCAUCUUUCAUUUGGACUUUCCUAGGUUUACAGAAGCUGGGUGUAAUAACAGCCCAUAUCAAUUUUAACCUCAGAAUGCACCCACUUAUUCAUAGCAUUUUAGCAGCAGAUCCAAAAUACCUUAUUGUUGGUCCAGGAGAUGGCAUGCUAGAGGCAGUGAUAGAUGUAGUAGACAGCCUGGGUAAAUUGCAAGUGUAUGUACAGGGUCUGGAUACAUUACCCGCCCCUCAUGGCCUCCACUCUCUGGAUCCACUGUUAGCCAAAACACUACCUUUGCCUAUCAGUCCACUGGUCAGACAAGGUAUAACACAAGAAGAUACCUGCUGUUAUAUCUACACCUCUGGCACUACAGGGAGUCCAAAACCAGCAAUCAUCAGACAUGUAAAAGCAAAUGGUUUAGGUUGUGGCAUGUGCUGUAUUGAUCUGUCUUCUGCUGAUAAUCUAUACAUAGUACUUCCAUUGUACCACAGUUCAGGAGGAGGUCUAGCUUUAUGUGGAGCUAUUGUUUCAGGAGCCACUAUAAUAUUGAGAAGAAAAUUUUCUGCCAGUAAUUUUUGGUCAGAUGUUUGUCGGUACAAUGUCACAGUGUUCCAGUACAUUGGAGAGUUGUUUAGAUAUUUGUUAUCUCAACCACCAAGUGACCUUGAAGCUGCUCACAAACUGCGGGCUGUGUUUGGUAAUGGACUUAGAAAAGACAUUUGGAUUGAUGUUCAGAAACGUUUUAAACUGCCAUUGAUAGCGGAGUUUUUUGGUGCAACAGAAGGAGUUACAAUGAUGCUGAACAUGUCCAAUGUUCCUGGUGCCAUAGGCAGACUCUCACCUUUUUUGAACAGGAUAGAUCCUUAUCCCAAGGCUUUAGUAAAGUUUGACUAUUCAACAGCUAUGCCAAUAAGAGAUAAAAAUGGGAACUGUAUAAAAGUUGCUAUUGGUGAACCAGGUCUAUUUAUAGCCAAAAUUCCAGAAAAUAUUAUAAAAGAUGGAUCAUUAAAUGUGUACCGAAGUUCUAACGAAGCUAAUGAAAAAAAGCUUGUUAGAGAUGCCUUCAGCAAAGGGGAUUUGUGGUUCAACUUUGGGGAUGUUAUGACCCUUGACAGAAAUUACUUUUUAUAUUUUAACGACAGAAUAGGUGAUACAUUUAGAUGGAAAGGUGAGAAUGUAUCAACUACUGAGUUGGCUAAUUUAAUAGCUGGGAUGUCAUUUGUACAUGAUGCUAAUGUAUAUGGAGUAGCAAUUCCAGGCCAUGAUGGGAGAGCAGGUAUGGUAGCUAUUACAUUAAAGGAGGGCUUGAAGCUAGGUGAGGGAGAGCUGAAAGAAUUGUACGACCAUGUUUGUCAGGAGCUUCCAACAUACGCCAGACCAUUGUUCCUUCGGGUUUUGGAUGCAGCUGUCUUGACCAACACAUUCAAGCAGAGGAAGGUGGAACUGGUCAGUGAAGGUUUUGACUUGAAUCAAGUCAAAGACCCUCUGUACUUUCUGGACAAUGAGAAACACACAUACAGUCCAUUAACAACUGCUGAUUUGUCCAAAUUUCUCUCCUCCAAGUUAUAAAAACUAGAGCAAUAAACUAUCUAAAAAAUGGUUUAUUAUUUCAUUACACAGGAUUUUGCUAAACAGUUUGUAUACUAUAAUAAAGAGGAUACAUUUCAUAUGAAACUAAACAACAAUAUGAAAUACCACUGUUUAUUGUAUACUUUUGAAAAUAAAUGUUACUAAAAACAGGGUAGCUUGUUAUUAGGGCAUGACCACUAGCUCCUUAUAAUGUUCAGUGUUGUACUGUUACAAACAUCUUAUAAGAUCCUAUUUUUUAUAAGAGCAAAGAGAGAUAUAAAAAUAAUUGCAUUUAAUAUUACAAGAUACAUAAUGGCAAAUCUCUGUGUAGCAAGUAACUAUUGCCAGAUUUCACAGUUACAAGAAUAUUGCUAACUUAAUUUUCUGUUGGUUUAUGAAGUUUUAAGGUGUCUUGUUACAUAUUUAAUCCAGAGCUAGCAAGUAUGGAGCUGGAUGUUAACUGUCCUAGGAGAUUUCUAGUACUGGACACCUGGUUUCCUUGAUGACACCUUAGGACAUUGCUAAAUAUAAUAAAUAAAAUACAUAGAUCAUUUUGUUGAUGAAUGGACUGUUGAAACCGUACCAUCAUAUAAGGAAUCAGUGCAAUAUUAACUGUUAAUUGUAAAUGAUAGUCUUUCCUUUUUUUCAUGUUACGCAAUUAUUCUAUUAAAACAAACUUACAGAUUAGAAAGGAAUUUAUUAUUUUUGUAGAAUUGUAUAAUUUUGAUACUCUAAUUCUAUAUUAUGCUUAAACAUUUUUUAAAUUUACUCUUUUAGUUACUAAUUUUACUAGAAAGUACCUGUAAUUUUCUUUUAUGCUGCUGUUGACUUAUUCAUCAACCUGAUAACUUAAUGGAUGUAUGCAUUUUAUUUAUUUUAAAAUAUUUAUUUGAGUUUAAAAUGGCAAUAUAAUUUUUUUUUUCACUUUUUUUGCAACAAUUGGUUGUGGAUCAAUCUACCAUCAUGUGUUGCUGAUUGGCUUUUAAAUGGCAUUGCAUUAAAUUUUAGUUCUGUUACUGAAUAUUUUACAAAACAAAUUAUGAUCAUACAUGUUUUAUACCUUUGGGUAAAUUAAAAAUUUGAUCUGGCUAGUCUCUUUGCCAUUCUCAAUGAGGGCUACUUAGAAAUUGUAGGCCUACUGGUUAUGCAAUCUUUUGUUUGCAGUUUCUUUUCAACUGUCAUUUUUAUCUGUUGUAGAUUUUGAAAGGGAAAUUUCUCAUAAAGACAAUGAUUUUUUAAAUUAAAAAAAUUAAAUCAGAUUUAUAAUUAUGCAUGUAUAUUUCACUCUUGAAAAUUAUUGUUAAUAAUCAGAAUAACUUGAUUUUACUGGAUAUUUCACUUAUAAGCAGUAUUAAAAGUAAAGUAUUUUAAACACAUACAUCAAUAACUGGAUGUGUACCAUAAGAAAAAACAACUGAGAUAAGAACUUAUAGCUGGCAUUGUUAUAAAGAUUUGAUACAGUGGGGAAGGGUU